AUGAGCUCUUCGACUACCGUAAUAACCAACGGUUUUGCUUUUCCAAACCUUUGUUGCUUUCAGAUCCAUUCGGUCACUGAGGCUGACAUUGGCCCAAGUACUACUGCCAUCAUCAACGCAAGCCAGACGGAAUUUCUCGAGAAUGCGAUAAGUCAGCUUUUCGGACGCAUGGUGACCAUCAAAAUGAUACAGAAAUUGAUGCUCGCCGUGGACCCGAAUGCUCUGACUGCCCGCCUCGAGGAACCGCAGAAGGAACAGUGGGCCGGAUCCUCAUCGCCAGCUCCGAUGCUCGUGAAAUCAGCGCUCCGAUCGGUGCAUGCGCCUUGGAAUGAGUAAAGCCCGCCCGAGCGUUCCAGCAUCAUGUUCUACUCCUUCUGAGAUCUCAUUCAACGUGAGCUUUGAGAUGUUCACUCAAUCAAACCCUAUAAUGUUUUUCCAGAUCUGCAUCCGUCCGUAUGCUAUCCAGCCGAUGA